UGCCCACCGAGUCCCCGCUCCCCCCGCGCCCUCACCCUCCCCUUCCCCGAGCCCCGGCGGUCCCGGGAGCACCGGAAGUGGCGUGCGGGAAGCGGCGGCGGCACAACAUGGCGGCCUGAGGCGGAGGCGCCGCCGCUUCCUCCCGCUCGUCCCGCCGCAGGACGGACCAGGCCGCAGCCCGCUGUCAGGAUGCAGUACUCCCAUCACUGCGAGCACCUGCUGGAGAGGCUGAACAAGCAGCGAGAAGCCGGCUUCCUUUGCGACUGCACCGUCGUUAUCGGCGAGUUCCAGUUCAAGGCGCACAGAAAUGUGCUCGCUUCCUUCAGCGAGUACUUCGGGGCGUUCUACAGAGACGCCUCGGACAACAACGUCGUUUUGGAUCAGACUCAAGUGAAGGCUGAUGGAUUCCAGAAACUCCUGGAAUUUAUUUACACGGGAAACUUAAACCUUGACAGCUGGAAUGUCAAAGAAAUUCACCAGGCUGCUGACUAUCUCAAAGUAGAAGAAGUGGUGACUAAAUGCAAAAUAAAGAUGGAAGACUUUGCUUUUAUUGCUAACCCCUCUUCUACAGAGACAUCUAGUAUCACUGGAAACAUUGAAAUGAAUCAGCAGACUUGCCUCCUGACUCUCCGAGAUUACAACAAUCGGGAGAAAGCAGACGCUCCUCCUGCAGAGUUGCUUCAACCCCAAGCAAAAAAAUCAGCUUUAGAAAAGAAAUCUGCUCAAACCAAAAAGCGAAAGAAGAAUUUCAGCUCCCCCAAAAGCAUACAGAGUAAAUCAGUACAGUACCAGAACGAUGUGGCUGAGAACGCAUCAAUUGAAAUGUUUUUAGAUGCAAAUAAGCUGGCCACGCAGAUAACAGAACAGGCUGCCCAAGGCAGCGAUAACUCUGAACUCCAGUUGGCAGCUGUGGUGGAAAGCGAAACGCUGGCAGCGCAAGAUAUUUUAGUUCAGACUAUUGCAGCAAAACAGAAACGGGGGAAGUCUCAGCAGAACUGUGCGCUGAAGGAGCACUGUAUGUCCAAUAUAGCCAACGAAAAGAACACUUACCAGCUGGAAAGUUCAGGAGAGGAGCUUGACCAGAAGUACUCCAAAGCUAAACCCGUGUGCAACACGUGUGGAAAAGUCUUCUCGGAAGCCAGCAGCCUGCGCCGGCACAUGAGGAUACACAAAGGAGUGAAACCCUACGUGUGCCAGCUGUGUGGGAAGGCGUUCACGCAGUGCAACCAGCUGAAAACCCAUGUAAGAACUCACACAGGGGAGAAGCCAUACAAAUGUGAGCUGUGCGACAAAGGCUUUGCCCAGAAGUGCCAGUUAGUGUUCCACAGCCGCAUGCACCACGGCGAAGAGAAGCCGUACAAGUGCGACGUGUGCAACCUGCAGUUCGCAACUUCAAGCAACCUGAAGAUUCACGCCAGGAAGCACAGCGGCGAGAAGCCCUACGUGUGCGACCGCUGUGGUCAGCGGUUUGCUCAGGCGAGCACACUCACCUACCACGUGCGUCGCCACACAGGGGAGAAGCCCUACGUGUGUGACACCUGUGGAAAAGCCUUUGCUGUCUCAAGUUCCCUCAUCACCCAUUCCCGAAAACAUACAGGAGAGAAGCCAUAUAUCUGUGGCAUUUGUGGAAAGAGUUUUAUUUCCUCUGGAGAGCUCAAUAAACAUUUUCGGUCCCAUACAGGUGAAAGACCAUUUAUCUGUGAAAUGUGUGGAAAUUCUUACACAGAUAUAAAAAAUCUUAAGAAGCACAAAACGAAAGUUCACACAGGAUCCGAAACUCCCCCUGAUUCUAAUACACUCGAUAAUUCUUUCAAUGAACAAGAAUCCAUUCAGAGUCAGAAAAGUCCUUUAUCAGAGUCCAUAGAUGUGAAGCCCUCUGAGAUGUCUUUACCGCUUCCCCUUCCCAUUGGGACUGAAGACCAUCAGAUGCUGCUUCCUGUGACGGGCAGUCAGUCUCCUUCAUCAGAGACAUUGCUAAGAUCCGCUGUGACUGGAUAUUCAGAACCUCAGUUUAUUUUCUUGCAGCAGUUAUACUGACAGCGCAGAACAGAGCCACAAGGUAAUCCAGCAGUGAACUUGCAUACGUUUGGUAAAGAUGAACAUAAUCAAGCAGUCACACUCUUUGAAUUGGACUUGUUCUUUUUUUUUUUUUUUUCUCUGUGUAAAAAUCCUUGUAAGGCAUUUCCAUUGUACAGUGCUGUCUUUCCUCUUUUUUUUUUUCCUUUGGUUGAAUCGUGCUAAUCUACAAUCAAAUUUCUAUUUGUAAUUAACACGGAUUCCCAGGAGACAAUUCCUUUUCAGCAACACCUGCCUUAAGAAUUCUCUGUUAAGUAUGUUAAUGCAUUUUUGGAGAUCAUCUUCUGUGUUCCUGCCGAUCCGACGUGUGUCAGUGUCAUCUGAGCACCGGAGCAGGUUGCAAGAGAGGCUGCGGAGUUUCCCUCCUGGAAGACCUUUACCAGCCGCCUGGGCAACCUGCUCUGGGUGUCCUGGCUUGGGCGUGGGGGUAGGACCAGAGGGCCUCCAGAGGUCCCCCCCACCUCAAACCAUUCUGUGACUUGAGAACAGACAUUUUAAGCCAUAUUUGAUAGUUUAGGAAAAUCAAUCCAGAGUUCUAGAGGGAAAAAUCAUAAUUUGACUGUGCUAACAAGCUUGUACAUCUGCAGUCUGAGGUGGUACAGUGUACGUGAUGGAAGGCAGGGCUCUGGCGAGGUCCUGUCAAAGAAUUACUGCUGUCGGCCAGAAGCAGCCUGUCUUUGGUUCAGUCUGACCAGAGGGAAAGGGAGCCAGGUGUAAUGUCCCUGACAAGGCAAGUAAGGGGAGCUGCUUUAGCAUGGCAAGUCAGAGGGCUCUAACUGCAUAGAUACUGCUGCGUAUUCAUUCCAACGAGUCACUCUUUUUCUUUAAAGUGAAUCUAGCAUUGUUUUAUCUUGUCCCAGAUUUGUUUUUCGCAUCUCUGAACCAUCCUGGGUUUGGCACAAACAGCAGCGUUUGCUAUAAAGAAGAGCUGGAACAUGCACGUUGUAGAUGAGACAAAAAGACACCUUGACUUAAUUGUGACGUGUGAGCCAUAGCUUCAUAAUUAUCACUUCUGUGACAGUAGUACUUCUUGCUGUGCUAGACAGUAGGUACAAAAGAAGAAACAAACACUGCCCUUCACUGUGAAAACACUAAAUGAAUGCUACCUGAGGGGCCAUUAAGAAGAAUACAACAGCAGAUUAAUUUUUUUUCCAGGCAUGGGUUUAUUUAGAGUAUGACUGAUUUGUUUUAACUGAAGUACUUAUGUAUUGCUUUACCUCUCACGUUGCUUGCCCAGUGUAACUGCACACAACUGGUAUCUAGCAAGACCCUUGUAAAGGUCUGUUUUACUACUAGCAAUCUGAAUUUUAAAAAAGCAACAUUCAUAGUGUCCCGGUAGGGUCGUUAGUUAAAGGCUACUUGACAGCAGGAGAACUUUGAUGCUCCGUUUUGCCAUUAGCAUAACGUAAGCAUUAUCUAAGUAAUCAUCAAAUAGUGAGAAACAGUCGUAAUGCUGUACCAACGAGACGUUUAAAGAUAUUAUUUGUUGGUUAUUUACUUGGUGCUAGCAUUUUAUUCCCACUGCUGCCUUGUGUCUGGACACUAAUAAAUAGAAGGGCGUAGGAGAUACCUCUUAACUAAUUCUGUUCUACAUGGCGUAAUAAUUAAUCUGCACCUUAAUUAAAAAGCCUUGUGAAAAAUUUCUUGGAGGACUUCAUUUAAGCAUUCUGCAAAUGGUCCCUUGACUCCUGAGCAUGACUGUCAUUUCCUUUUAAUUUCCAUGUUUGUGCUUGUGAGGUAAUAGACCUUUCACUUCUUUGUGUUGAUCUCUGUAGGUUGCAUGUUUAAAACCGCUUCUUGUUCAUGUUUUGGGUUUUAAUCAUGGCUAAUGUGAUAAAAAUCUGCCACGGACAGCGUGGAGGUCCCCAGGAAUGUUCUUAAUGCAGGCAUCUCUCGCUGACCACCAAAGCUAGUUACUAAUCUAUCUUCCUCGCCUUUAUUUUCUUUGCUUAUUCAUCGCACAACAUUUACGAACAGCUGACGUCCUUCAUAAUGCUGGCAAAGGACGAUAGAUGAAGUUCUCACCUUUUCCUGUUUGGCAUUGCUCCCCCCCUCUUAUUCAGGUUUCUGUUGUUGAUGUAGUAGCUGAAGGAUUCCUUAGCUAGCUGGCACUGACAAAUGGCAAAGAUCAGGAUCUUGACCCUGUGUUAAUAAAAGUGAGCCGGGUAGCUUGUCUUAAGGCUCCUCUUUACUUUCUCUUUCUGAAAAUAGAGCAGAAGUCUUGGGAUAAACAUAAUCAUGAGUGCUGAAAAGAACAAAGAUGUACAACUGAUACAUUUAAUGUUUAACCAACUUGGGAAGAUAAACUAAUGAUACUCUACUGUUUGCUGAAGAAAAGCAUGUGAAGAUUAAUAUAUGCAGGAUAAAGGACAGCAAGAGAGAAAUAGUGCUAGAAAAAAAAACCAACACAUUCCUACAUAGAAAAUGCAUUCCAUAAUAAUGUUUGUUUGGACUGUUUUUAUAUUUCUAAAAUUAUAGCUUAAUACUGUAUUCUUAGAUUUUCAGACUUUUUUAAAGAACAGUACUUAGAUUUAUACAGGAUUUGUUUAGAUACUUAAAAACAGUAACACUUUCUUUAUUAGUCAUUUAGUUUCUUUAUAGACAAGAAGAUAAUCAUUAUUUUUUACAAGACAACAAUUUUAACCUUUCUUAGUAGAACACACAGGCUUGUAGUUUUGUCUUGGAGCAAUAAUUUAGUGACCUGCACUCUUCAGUCCUCAUCUGAGAGUCUCGAUUCUUAUCCUCAUCUCUCGUGAAGAUAUCUCAGCUGCUGAGGUAUGAUCUCUAUUAACUGUAUUCAUUUACUAGAAUAUAGAUUUUAAAUAUAUAUAGAUAUUAAAUAUAUAUAUAUUAAAUUUGUAGGAAUGUUCAUGCUGAGAGCUGUAGGGCCUGAAGAAACAGGUCUGCGCUGUACCUUUUGCUGAUAGAUGCAUGGAAAUCAGCUGCACAUUAAAUCAUAGGCUUAAGGAUUCCAAGUUCUUUUUGGAGGUGCAAGGUUUAUAACAGUAUUGGUCAUUUCUUUAAGGGAUUAAUAGAAGAAAGCAUGGAAUUGUUUUUUAGGGAGAAUUCUCAUUCUUGAAACUUACUUGCAAAAUGAAAGAGGGUAUGUUAAUAAUUCCAUUAACAGUAAUUUAGAGAGAUUGACAUGAUUUAUCUCAGCAACACCAUUGUUUCAGUAGUUUCGGUCAUUUUUGCACUAAAGUCGGUGCAAGUUUUGCCUGAAUAGAUUAUCUGCAUCUAUAAAGUUUCUGAAUUGGCUGUUUCAAAAUAUUUAUUUUAGAAUAACUCCUUGUAUGGCACUUACUUCUGGAUUUGUGUCUAUAUGUGGGCACAAAGCAUGGCAACUUUCCUAAAAUCAUGUAUUUCAAUAAAAUUUUUGAGUAUGGACACGUCCCAUGUCAAGGACUUCAGGGCUGUGAUCUUGGAGAGGCUAUCAAUAAGCCUUGCAGAAUUAAGAUAAAGACUAAUGAUUGAUUUUGGGUUAAAUUAUUUUUAAAGUAUCUUUCAUGUAUAUACAUUUUUUUCCUCUGUUAUUUGUAUAUAGCUCAACUCUCAAUUUUAUAAUCACCUGGGAAGGGAAGGGAGUUGUACAUAUUCAGCCUGAAGUGUUUUAUGUUAGACUUUAAUAAACUUGUUUUGUAUUUUUCCCUCA